CGGCCAACCCCCCAACCCCCAACUCUCAAUUGCACGCCUUCGUAUCCACGAAACGAUUCCGAACACUGACCAACCAGACACGCAGACCUAUUUUCGUGUCAGUGAAAAAAAUCAUCGACUGGCUUUUUUUUUUAUACCUUCCUCAUAUAUCGUGGUGUGCUCAUCAUCACUCAUCCAAGAAGGGAGAGGGAAAAAAGAUGAAGGGGAAGGGGAGGAGGGGGAGGUUUUUGGUCUCGGUUAUCUUAUGCUCUCUCCACCACCUUGUUUCUUUUACUUCUCGUUUCCCUACCCAACCCCCAACCCCCCCUUCCGAUCUUGAUAUCUCUCACCUGCUCAACCGCUUGUUUUUCUCUUUAUCAUUUCGGACUCCCUCUCUGCUUACAACCAACCCCUCCCAAAAAACAAACAAACAAACAAACAACAGCAACAACAAGAACAGUAACACUCGUUUCCAUCGGACGUUCAUUCUCUCUCUCUCUCUCUUUUUUUUUCUUUUGUAGAAAAUAAAGCAAAUUGACAUGCGUGCGUGCGUGCUUUAUCUUUGUCCUUUUCUUUUUUUUUUUUUUUACUAUAAACGC